CGGAGCGGGGAGGGCGCUGCCAGGGGUCACACAGCUUGCUGGGGACACAGCCAGGACCCGACCCCGGGCCGGCUGACUGCCGACGGGGACCCGAGCCCUGGUUUUGGGAGGUUGGGCCUCGCUGGUGAGAUUCCCGCGGGGGCCAGACUCCGGAGCAGCACCUGGACUCCGUCCUCUGCUUCGGGGACUGACCUCGAGGAUUCUCCAGAAUCCCUCCCUCCCCAUCACGUGCGAGGCUCCAGCCCUGCUGGCACCCUCCUGCCCGGAGACGCCAACCACCCAGCAAGGCCUAGCCCCUUCGCGCUGAUCUGCUGGGAACUCCUGGGUUGGUCCUCGAGAGGCUGAGCCACCCCCUAACGGGGUCCCUCGCCUGCUCCCCCCAAGAGCAGGAAUGACGCCGGGCCUGAGGGUGGGCUCGGGCUGACCAGGGGGGGCCCAGGGCGCCUGUCCCGCCGGCACACGCCGUUCCGUGGGAGGGAGGGGGCUUUCCCGGGAACAUUCCUCCUUCCUGACAGGUGUGACUUCCCGGAGCUCAGGGAGGAUGAUCCACAGCCCGACAGACGGGCCACCUCCCCGAAGCGCCCGGGCCCGUGGGGACAGCGGGGCUGGCCGGGCCGCAGGGAAGCCUGCAGGUCCCGGGAAGGCGUCCUCUUGUAGGGGUGCUCGUGUUUGGGUCAGAAGCCCCAACCCCACGCGACUUCGGCUUUUUGCGGGGCGGACGUCCACCGAGAUGGGCUAUGCGGUCGAGUCGCCCAUCUUGGUGACUCAGAAUCUCGAGAUCGCUCGGUCAGGCGCCCGCGGUCGGCGCCCGGAGACCUGCCGGCUCCGGGCCCGGCUCCUCCGCGGACCCUCACCGCCCGGCCAGCGCCCGCGCCUGGCACGGCCAACCCCCGCUCGUGGCGCGCCCACCCAGGGCCCGGGCCGCGCGGAGGCCGGCCGCUCCGCUCGGAUCCGCUCGGGGCCGCGGGCCGGCGGGGAGGAGCAGGGGCCGCGUUACCUAGGAGACGCUCGAAGGUGCCGCUGCCGCGCCCCAUGGCGACCCGGACCCGACCCGACGCCGAGGCCUCCUUUGCUGCGAGCCAGCGCGUCCCCGACUUCCGCUUCCGCCUUCCCCGCGGGCGCGCGCACGCACACGUCGCCCUCCUCCAUCCGCGAGGGGGCGGUCUCUCCGCUCUCCCUAGACUCUGCGCGCCGAUUGGGCCGCGACUGCUGGAAGACCAAUGAGCAGCCCGGGAGGCGAGGCUUGUCCAACGAAAGCGGAGCCGGGGGCGGGCCUUGCGUCCCCGCGGGGCGGAGCUACGGAGGCCGAGCGGCGCGAGCGGUGGGGAUGUGUCUCCUGUUGGGGGCCGCGGGCGCGGGCAAGUCGCUGUUGGUGAAACGACUGCAGAAGCUGAGCUCUCAGGAUGGGAAGGGCGACCUGGGCGAUCCUCCGUCGACGCGGCCCACGGUGGGCACCAACCUGACCGACAUCGUGGCCCCCAGACGGAUCACCAUCCGGGAGCUGGGCGGGUGCAUGGGCCCCAUCUGGCCCAGUUACUAUGGAAACUGCCGCUCCCUCCUGUUCAUGAUCGAUGCCUCCAACCCCACCCAGCUCUCCGCAGCCUGCGCGCAGCUCCUGGGCCUGCUCUCUGCAGAACCGCUGGCAGAGGCACAGGUCCUGAUCCUCUUCAAUAAAACUGACCUGUCCUGUUAUAUGACCGUAGAGGAGAUGAAAUCGUUAAUCAGGCUCCCAGACAUCAUUGCUUGUGCCAAGCAGAACAUCACCGUGGCAGACAUCAGUGCCCGCACGGGCACGGGCUUGACCCAGGUGCUGCGCUGGCUCCAGGACACCCACGGAGCCGGCUGACGACUAUCGGGUGGGGGCGUGGCUGGACCGCUCUGUGGGGAGGAGGGGAGGGGAGGGCAGCCCUGCUUGGCCUCCGGAGGCCGAUAAGGACCCAGCGUAAACGUAGAAGGCGGGCUUCAGUGCCGAGCUGCAGUGAUGGGUAAACUGAGGCACCCAGGGUGGAAGUCCUGACAGCUGACGUUGGAAUGAAGACUGCCCAGGGCUAGGAGAGCAGCACCGGCCUGCAGACCUCAGUGCCCCAAGCGGCAUGCAGGCAGGGAGGGCGGCAGGGAGAGGUCUGGUGGAGCGCGGGUGCCACUGAGCUCAUGGUUGCAUCGGUGAAGACCCUUUCUCCAAGUAAGUUCACGUUGGCACGUCCUGGGGGCCAUGCUUGAACGUACCUUUUUUGGGCCACUGUUCAGCCCCCUGUGAUUGGUAAGGAGCUGUCUGCCUGAGUGUGGUGACACCUUAGGCCUUGCAGGUGUGCACGGCCCGUGCCACUGCUGGGCACCACCUCCCCAGACGCCACUGAGCAGCCUGGAUGCAGGCCAUCUCCACUCCUCAUUGGGGUCCUCGUAGAUUUCACAGGCAACUUGAGACCCAAAGGGCUUUCGGACACCCCCCAGUUUCAGAGGACUUGAGCAAAGCCUGGUGAAAAGCGUGAAGUGUUAGAAGACUCUGGGCCGUAAGUCAGUUCUUCAGCUAAGAGUGUGUGACUCUCAGGGCAGCACCAGGUGAGCGCUAGGGCCUGCCUGCAGGGCAGGAGGCUCCCCCUUUCACUGUAAAAUCGGGAAUUAUGUAAACCGUGUUCUCUGUACUCAAAAAAUGAAUUAAAACAGCAAAGCAAAAAUGACAGCUUAAAGCCUGAAAACACAAAA